GGUAUCAAUGGUUGUCUCUUACAAAUGGCGACUCCCGGAGAAGCACGCCGAUUCGUUUGACCGCGAGGAUUUCUCGCUGACGAAUUUUAUAGAAACAAGUAUCGAGCGUACGUGUACAGAGUAGAAGUACAGGUCUGCUAAAAUAGUUUCGGUGUUCCAUUCGUUUGUAUUUGGAAAAUCAAAAAUAGCGGAAUUGUUAACCAUAAAAUUGAGAGAAAAUGGGAAACGUAUUAGCCGCUGCAGCUCCUCCGCCACCGCCACCACCGCCGCCGCCUCCAGGUUCAAUUGUAUUGCCCAAUGUGGGAAAGCAAGAUUCACCCACGGGAUUAUACCCGUCCACCGAAGUCCCGAGUACCGUGGAAAAUCCUGGCACAAUCGAAGAUCUUCAUAAGAAAUGCAAAGAUGUAUUCCCUGUAAAUUUUGAAGGAGCAAAGUUAAUGAUCAGUAAGGGGCUCAGUAAUCACUUUCAAAUUUCUCAUACAAUAAAUAUGAGUUCUUGUAGUCCAUCCGGAUACAGGUUUGGAGCAACGUACGUUGGUACGAAACAGCCAGUACCUACGGAAGGUUAUCCAGUAUUGUUAGGGGACAUAGAUCCAAGUGGAAAUCUUAAUGCUAAUGUGAUUCACCAGUUCGGACAGAGAUUAAAGGGAAAGCUAGCAGCCCAAAUACAGAAAAGUAAAUUGACUGCUGCGCAACUGACAGCAGAUUAUCGAGGUGAUGCAUAUACUGCCUCUUUGACGCUUGGCAAUGUAGAUAUACUUGAUGGUUCUGGCGUUUUUGUGUUGCAUUAUCUUCAAAGUGUAACGCCGUCUGUUGCGCUCGGUGGUGAACUGGCUUAUCAGCGAGGACCUGGUGUACCAGGAGGUCAAGUCGCUGUUGUUGCAGGCGCCGCAAGAUAUACGAACGGAGAUUCUACGAUUAGUGGAAGUCUGGGAGUAACCGGUUGUCAUCUAUGUUUUCAUCAGAAAGCUAGUCAACAGUUGCAAGUAGGCGUGGAACUAGAGAUUGAUACCCGAAUACAGGAAUGUACUGGAACUAUUGCUUAUCAAGUAGAUUUACCUAAGGCCGAUUUAGUGUUCAGAGGAAGCGUCGACACGAAUUGGACGGUAGGUGCUGUUUUGGAAAAGAAAUUGCCACCACUGCCAUUUUCGUUCGCGUUAAGCGGCAUGGUGAAUCAUAGUAAACAACACUUUAGACUGGGCUGCGGACUAAUAAUCGGUUAAGGAUAGUCUCGUAGUUGAAUACCGAUCGCUUAUGUGAUCUAGCCGAACGGUUGGAAAAAGGAAGCGACGAGAGUAUUUCGAUCUCUGUGCACUUUUCCUACGAGAACGUUGUAAUUAGUGCCGAUAAUACCCAACCACUUCCUUUCUCCUUGUUUAUCUCGUCGAUCAAUCACCGUGUUUUUACGUUUGUUUUGUUGAUUUAUCUUUUAUUAAAAAAACACUGGAUCCUCAGGGUUGGGUGUGUUCUACGUCCCUUUAUUCUGCAGCAUGCACCGUUCGUCUCGUUUGUAUUACGAUGAGAAAUCAGCAAAAAGUAUUUAUUUUUUAAGCUAUUUGGUAAACAAUGGCAACGAAAAAUGUGUAAAUUAUUUCUGUGCGUUCAGCCGUGUAAUUGUGCGCGUGUACGUGUAAAUCAGAGUACACUGGCAAAGGAAAAACUGUUUCGUAGAAGAUUGCAAUGCGACUUACAUUGUAUCUACUAUCAGUGCUACCAUCUCUGCCCGUGAAAAGUGUAUCGAACGAGAAAUCAACUUAUGAUUUUCGAAUACACGAUACACGAUAUACAAUACACAAUAUACAAAACGCGAUAUUUGGUAUACAGGACCCAGAACGGCGGAUAGAUAAGUACAUGAUACACACGAGCUUAAUACGAACGUAACGUGCAAUUUCUAAGUGUAUGUUCUUCCUGCAUUCUUGUCCCCCUGGAGAACUUAAUUUUCAUAAGGUAUGUCGUAAAAUUGUAUAUUACGGAAAAUGCAAAAGAUGAAAAAGUUGGGAAUGCUUGUAAGUUCUGAUUGUCCUAAACUUUGUUUUUUUUCCGAAGUUGGGCCGAAAUUCGAUACAGAGGGUGCACGUAGAAAUAAAUUUAACGAUUAAUUAGGUCAGAAGCGAAUACGAUCGAGGGAAAUUAAAAUAAAGUUGACUGUAAAGGAG